GAUACGUUACUUGGUCUCUCUGGCAUGACCUGCCUCCGAUGAUUUAUUACUUUCCCCUGCAAACACUGGAGCUCACCGGGCUGGAAGUUUUUGGCGUAGCUUUUCUCUCUCCGCUAUUCCUCAUAGCUACACCUGUCUGGAAGCUGGUGCACAAGAAGUGGAUGCUGGCCCUACUGCGGAUCCUUGCUGUUGGCAGCAUAGCCUCCUUCCAGGCUCCAAAUGCCGAACUUCGGCUGGUGAUCCUUGCGCUUGGUGUGUCUUCCUCACUGAUAGUGCAAGCCGUGACGUGGUGGACAGGAAGUGGUUUGCAAAGGUACCUCAGAAUCUGGGGAUUCAUGUUGGGACAUAUUCUUCUUGUUGUUCUCCGCAUAUGGUACACUUCACUAAACCCAAUCUGGAGUUAUCAGAUGUCUAACAGGGUGAUACUAACGUUAAGUACCAUAGCCACACUUGAUCGCAUUUCCACAGAUGGCGACUGCAGUAAACCUGAGGGGAAAAAGACCAGCGAGGCAGCCAAAGGGAUGGCCUCUAGGCCUCCCUGGUUGCUGGCAGGGGCUGCCUUUGGCAGUCUUGUGUUCCUCACCCACUGGAUUUUUGGAGAAGUCUCUCUUGUUUCCAGAUGGGCAGUGAGUGGGCAUCCCCAUCGAGGGCCAGACCCUAACCCAUUUGGAGGUGCAAUUCUGCUGGCUUUGGUGAGCGGGUUGAUGCUUUCGACUUGUUCAUGGUUCCCGAGUACCAGUUUACUCUGGUGGGUUACAGGAGCGGCUUCGGCAGCUGGUCUCCUGUACUUGCCCACGUGGGCAGCCGCUGUUUCUGGCUGCGUACUCGCCCUCUUCACAGCGUCCAUGUGGCCUCAAGUGCUUGGACACCUUAUCAGCUCAGGGUCAAACCCUGGGAAAACCAUGACCAUUGCCAUGAUAGUUUAUCUCCUAGAUACAUUUUUCUGUGCAUGGUGCACAGCUUUUAAAUUUGUCCCAGGAGGUGUCUACGCUAGAGAAAGAUCAGAUGUGCUUUUGGGGACAGUGAUGCUAAUUAUUGGGCUGAAUAUGCUAUUUGGUCCUAAGAAAAGUCUUGACUUUCUUCUUCAAACAAAAAACAACCCAAAUGUGCUUUUCAGAAAGAGUGAAAAAUAUAUGAAACUUUUUUUGUGGCUGCUCGUUGGUGUGGGGUUAUUAGGAUUAGGACUACGGCAUAAAAGCUAUGAAAGGAAGUUGGGCAAUAGGGCACCAACCACGGAAGUCUCUGCCGCCAUCUGGCCUUUCAGGUUUGGCUACGACAAUGAAGGGUGGUCUAGUCUAGAAAGAUCAGCUCAGCUGCUUAAUGAAACAGAGAUGCCCCUGCUGGUGGCUCCUGUCACUUGGGGACUCACUUUGGAGACCAAUAAACUAGAUGACCUUGACAGGAAACUUCAGGCUAUUGCUAUUUCAAAACUCCUGAAAAGUAGCUCUAAUCAGGUGGUAUUUCUGGGUUAUAUCACCUCGGCACCUGGUUCCAGAGAUUAUCGACAGCUCAUUGAACAUGGCAAUGUGAAGGAUAUUGACAGCACGGAUCAAGACAGAUGGUGUGAAUACAUUAUGUAUCGAGGGCUGAUCAGAUUGGGUUAUGCAAGAAUUUCUCAUGCUGAACUGAGUGACUCUGAAAUUCAGAUGGCCAAGUUUAGGAUCCCUGAUGACCCCAUUAAUUAUAGAGACAACCACAAAGUGGUCACAGACCACAGGGAAGUUCCCAAGAAAAUUCAUUUCAAUCCCAGAUUUGGAUCCUACAAAGAAGGACACAAUUAUGAGAACAACCAUCAUUUUCAUAUGAGUACACCGAAAUACUUUUUAUGAACUAUUUAAAACAAGAAUUCACUGACUGAGAAAGUCUAAGGAAAACAAAAAGUAAAUAAAAAGAAAAGAUGGAUGAAAGUGGGAAACGACAUACACAAAACCGCUCAAUUUUGAAAAUGUAUGGUAUCUAUUCAGUGGGAAAUUCUAUCAAUCUAUAAAAUAUAUUGUUUAAUAAAUAUUUCUCCA